UCUCCUCUGAUAGACCUAGGUAGGGGCAGUCAUGCUUCUUGUCACUCCUGCAACAAUAACUGGGUCAGGAGACUGUGCAUGAGGGGACCUCUGAGCCUAGAGGUUAGAGGGGAGUGAGAUGUUUCCAGUGGAGAUGGCAUGGUCUCAGUGGGCCCUGAGUUGACAGAGGUGUUCUUCAACAUGGCUAUCCUUAUCCUCACAGGCUGUGGGGUCCCUGCCAUCCACCCUGUGCUGGCCGGUCUAUCCAGGAUCGUCAAUGGAGAGGAUGCUAUCCCUGGCUCCUGGCCCUGGCAGGUGUCCCUGCAGGACAAGACUGGCUUUCACUUCUGCGGGGGCUCCCUCAUCAGUGAAGACUGGGUGGUCACUGCCGCCCACUGUGGAGUCAAGACAUCUGAUGUGGUGGUAGCUGGAGAGUUUGACCAGGGCUCUGACGCAGAGAACAUCCAGGUUCUGAAGAUCGCAAAGGUUUUCAAGAAUCCCAAGUUCAAUAUGCUCACUGUACGCAAUGACAUCACCCUGCUCAAGCUGGCCACUCCUGCCCAGUUCUCUGAGACUGUGUCUGCUGUGUGUCUGCCCAAUGCUGAUGAUGACUUCCCUCCUGGGACAGUGUGUGCCACCACUGGCUGGGGCAGGACCAAGUACAAUGCCCUCAAGACUCCUGACAAGCUGCAACAGGCAGCCCUGCCCAUCGUGUCCACCGCUGAAUGCAAGAAGCACUGGGGAUCUAAGAUCACCGACGUGAUGAUCUGCGCAGGCGCCAGUGGUGUCUCCUCCUGCAUGGGUGACUCUGGUGGCCCUCUUGUCUGCCAGAAGGAUGGAGUCUGGACCCUGGCAGGUAUUGUGUCUUGGGGCAGUGGCGUCUGUUCUACCUCCACUCCCGCCGUGUAUGCCCGAGUCACAGCCCUUGUACCUUGGGUUCAUGAGAUCUUGGAAGCCAACUGAGUCCAUGGUUCUUGCCUCCCCUCCCCGACCCCCA